CGAGAAAGAUUGUUCGGAAACAUUAAAGUAGACAUUUCGCACAAGUGAUUCAUUUGGCUUCCCGUACUUGCGAUAAGUCAUUCCCAGAGAGCACACGAGCACACUACCUAGAGGAGCGAGACGACAGAGAUUGUAUCUUACCUUUAACGAAACUGAUCGGAUGGAUCGCAUUGAUAAAUGUAUGCAUGACGGCUGGCAAAACAUGGAGCUUAAUUUUCAAGUCCUUGUGAUAUUCAAUAACGCUUUUCUGUAGAACCUGUAAGUUGAAGAGCCCAAUUUUAGAUCAGAAGUAAACAAAACCCUGAUUAAACGCAGCUCGGAUGAUCUUGAAAGUGCUGGUAAAUUAUGGAUACUACAAUCUUUUUAGAUUGGAGAGCGCCAAGACAAGGCUGACGAAAGAUAUCCUCACGAAUAGUCCAAUCUUGAGAUAUUUAUCGCAAAUAUGUCCACAGCCGCGCCGACUGUAUCAGGGGAAGCACCAGAGCUCGAGAAGAAGCUUGAAGACGUCAAGCUCGAGGCCGAUAAGACAGAAACCCCUCCACCUACUUACGCCACUCCCGAACCCUCGAAAGAAUCCUCCAUUGCAGCAACAUUACGUGAAAAGCAAGAAGGCGUCCUCAAAACUCCAAUUGUUGAUCCUGUCGAGUCUGCCAUCCCAACAACUCCCACAGCGCUUACUCCAGAGCAAGAAGAGAAAUACGAAGCUCUCUUGGAGAUUGUGAAGUCAUGGAAGGAUAUCCCAUCUACAAAAGGCAAAGAGGGGCCAAUUACAGAGGAUGAGAUAAUGUGGUUGACGAGAGAGUGUCUUCUGAGAUAUCUGCGAGCGACAAAAUGGGUCACCGCUGAAGCCGCAAAGAGGCUGCUUGGCACGCUGACAUGGAGACGGGAGUAUGGUGUUGGGGACCUUACCGGGGAUCACAUUUCACCGGAGAACGAGACUGGCAAACAAAUUAUAUUUGGAUUUGAUAUUGAAGCACGACCAUGUCUGUAUCUCAACCCAGGUCGGCAGAAUACCGAGCCAAGUCCAAGACAGGUUCAGCAUUUGGUGUUCAUGGUUGAACGGGUGGUCAAUCUUAUGGUUCCUGGUCAGGAAACAUUGGCUCUCUUGAUCAAUUUCAAAUCUAGCAAGACCAGGUCGAAUACGGCUCCAGGCCUUGGUCAAGGCAAGGAAGUCUUGAAUAUCCUUCAAACCCACUACCCCGAGAGACUUGGCAGGGCCUUGAUCAUCAACAUCCCAUGGGUUGUCACCGCUUUCUUCAAACUUAUCACUCCAUUUAUCGAUCCUCUUACUCGCCAGAAGCUCAAGUUCAACGAUGAUAUGAGACAGCAUGUUCCACCUCAGCAGCUGUGGAACGAGUUCCAUGGUGACUUGGAGUUUGAGUAUGAUCACGAAGUUUACUGGCCAAAUCUCCUGAAGCUUUGUGAAGAAAAGCAUAAGGAGCAGCUUGAGCGUUGGGUAAAGGGAGGCAAGCACUAUGGGGAAAGUGAGAAUUACAUCAAAGGUGGUAAUGCUGCAAGUAUCGGCACGAAGCUCGCGGAGGCUGCUAAAGAAAAGGAUGUUCCAGCUCCAGCUCCAGCUCCAGCUCCAGCUCCAGCUCCAGCUCCAGCUCCAGAACCUGUGGUAGAGACUGCUGAACCUUAGACAAAGCCCAAGGAGGAAGCAUAAACUGUGAUAUGGAACAAUAACCCAAUGUAUCGAAGAGGCAGGUAACUUUUCUACCUGAUCUGAAUUAUUUGGAACCGCAGUCUUUUAGAAUUGUAGAGAUAAAUGAG